AUGGUGGAGCUGCAGGGCGAGCUGAUAAGCAAGGACCCCCUCUCCGGGCAACCGUUGGGGAGCAUGACUUCCGAGAACGGGAAAGCCAUGCUGGUGAUCAGCAACCACAAGCUAGAGGGGAAGGCCGCCUCAGAACCCAAGCCCCUGCUCGUGCUGAGGAAGGUUGUGGUCGACGUAAACGACGAAAACUGCGGCGGUGGCGGCGGCAGCAGUGGCGCAACACCGGAGGGUGGGGGCGACCGCGAGGGGGAAGGAGGGGGCGCGGCAAGGCGGCCACCGGCACAAAGGGUGGAGUACCGAGUGGUGGGGAGGGUAGCGCGAAAGACGAUAUUCAAGACGAGACCGAAGCCGCUCAUCAAGAAGCUCGGCAGCGGCGGCGGUCGCGCCGGCGGUUCCACGGCGCGAAGUUGUAUGUAA